AUGAUGCUUUGUGGUUCAUUCUUUUUCAAUUUCAGAGGUCGUAUUCAACCAUGGAUUCGCGAUUACGAUAGCCUUCAGUCUUUCGCUGUUAUCCUCAUUUACAUUCAGAUUGGUUGUGCGUUAUUGGGAUCCUUGGGAGCAUCGUACAAUGGUGUAUCGCUUAUAAAUCUUGCGAUUUCGUUGUUUGCGUUGGUUGCGAUUGAGAGUAGUAGUCAGAGUCUUGGACGUACCUAUGCUUUUCUUCUCUUUUGCUGUAUAUUGCUGGAUAUUUCCUGGUUCAUUCUCUUCACUCGCGAAAUUUGGAAUAUUUCUUCGGACAGUUAUGCAAAGUUUUUCAUAUUUUCUGUGAAACUUACCCUGGCUAUGCAAAUUGUUGGCUUUAUAGUGAGGCUAUCAUCCUCAUUGUUAUGGAUUCAAAUUUAUAGGCUCGGUGCAUCCUCUGUGGACACAGCUUCUCGAGCAGCAGACUAUGACUUACGAACUAGUUUUUUGAGUCCUUCGACACCUGCACUAGCGAGGCAACGCUCAAAUUCCAAUGAGAUACUUGGUGGCUCUAUAUAUGAUCCGGCAUACUACUCAUCCCUGUUUGAAGACAAUCAAGAAAACAAAUCUACAUAUGGGAUGCCCUGUCAUGACAUUGCCCAGAAUGGGUCAACAUCAGCCGCUGGAAUUUCUCAGAAGAUAUCCACAGAGAGAUCUUUUCAGGCUGUGGAUGAAGAGAAUGUAUAA